GGAACAAUCGCCACGGCGCCCUGAUGGGUCCAGAUCCAGCGAUUUCACACUGCUUGCAUUGCUUCCGAGGCACAGCUUACUUGCCUGCUCAGUGCUCGCUAUUGAUCCGCGCACUACCAGCGCGGCGCUGGUGCCGUAUCUCAUUCCCAAGGCGUGGAUCAGUCUCGCCAAGGUUCCUCAGCCCUCUCCUUCGCUUUGGCUCCCCUUUCUUCCGGCUUCCUUCUUGUUUCGCCGGACAACCCUGCCUGGGUGGUAUACCUUUCCCUCUGCUAUCAUCUCGUGGAUUCGGAGCGCUUUUCCAAGAUGGGGCAGCAGCCAAACUCUGGCGAGCUUGAAAUCUUUCCAAUCUGCUCGAAUCCUUCGGUGCUCAACGAGUUCUCAAAGCUUGCGCAGGUUUCGUACCGGGUCAGCGUACUCACCAGCCAAAUGAAACGUAACCUGACAGAGUGCCAGCUGCUGGAUUUGCAUCUCCAAAAUAUCAUCCGGCGCCUGAUGAAGGGGAUGUCGGAUGCAGAUCUGAGCUCCAUGUCCCUCGCCAACGCCCUGGCCACCCUUGAAAAAUGCUCCGAGGACGGCCUCAGCAAGAUCGAGAGCCUCGUCACCCUGUCUGACCGAGAAAUCCGGGAAGCGCUCUCACAACUGCACCAACUGCUGACCAGUGCCACCAAGACACUCCCAUUCGAUGCGACGUUCCACGAGGAGAGCUUGCGUUCGUAUCUCGACCAAGCAGCCCGGACAAAGGCAGAGCUAGUCAAUCCUACUGUGGUGGUGAGCGAGCUGGUCUACGAAACCGGAGACAGCCCCGCCCCUCUCCCAAACAGUUUCGCCCCCCUCCCAAACAGCAGUUCGACAAGCAACUUUGAUUCCGAGACCAGAGCCGCGGCACCGCCUGCCAAGAAAGGUCUACUCAGUCGCCGGUUCACAGCAGAUAAUAAGGCAAGCUUGAAAGGGAGCUCCGACGACAUCUCUCCUGAAGCCAAUCGGCAAAAUAGCACCUCGACAGACUCAAUUACGCCAGAUGUGCAGCCGAAAACCAUAAUGACCCUCAAUCGCUCGGCGAACACCAAGAACCGAGUCCGGUCGCUCACAAACCCACCUCCAGAUGCACCGGGAUCAAGCAUGCCGGAUCUGAUCAAGAAUGCCCUUGGAUCGUUCAAUCUUGGGAGAAACUUGAGUCCCGAGACAAAGUCCGAGCCCAAGGAACUCCAAGGCGAUGAUUCGCUCUCAAGAAAGCUGCGACAGAAGUCUGAAACAAAGAGAAAGUCGCCCAAGAUUGACGAGUCCUCAGUGCUCCCUCGCUCAGUCAUCAAAAGUUAUGUCUCCCAGUCCUUUGUGAACUCCGUGACGAUCUUGACCGACCCCAACCAUCCGGCGAUUCUGUUCAGCGGACAUGAAGACGGCACCGUCAGACAAUGGGACACGCAGAGUGGCGAGCUGAUGCGCCAGAUCGCUGCCCACACCGCACCGAUCUGGAGCGUCGAGGCACUCCGGGGCGAAGACUACACGCAGCACCGCCUCUACUCUGGUGCCGAGGACUACCUGAUGAAGGAAUGGGACGUCGAGACCGGAACCUUGACUCAGACCUACUCUGGCCAUACGAAUACCAUUCGCGCCAUUGCUGCAUACGAAGACCAUUUGUUUUCAGGAGGAUGGGACAACAAGAUCCGCCAGUGGGAUCGCCGCACCGGCAUGGAAGUCAAGUGCUUCAACGGCCACCGGAACUGGGUCACCUGCCUGUCGCUUAUCCACAACCCUCUGAGACUCUUCUCCGGUAGCUACGACGGUACCGUGCGCGAAUGGAAUGUCGACACUGGCGCGAUUCUGAGGGUCUUUGGAGGACCCACAUCGUGGAUCAUCAGUCUCCUCGUCGUUCCUGAUCUCGUUGAUUCGGGUGUUCGAGUCUUUACCGGAUGCGAAACGGGUAUAAUCACAGAAUGGGAUACCUCGGCUUCCAAGCAAGUCACGCUGUCGACUCCAAAGCGAGUAUACAAAUCACACGCCGACUGGGUGUGGGGGCUGUGCGUCGUCAACGGAAAGCUGUAUUCGGGGAGCUCCGACUGCACCAUUCGAGAAUGGGACUUGGAGCAAGGUACUCUCCUCAACAUCUUUGACAAACAAGGAGGUGCAGUCCUUGGCAUGGCCGGGCUGGAGCAUGAGUCGAGCAACAAGAACUGCAAGCUCUUUGCCGGAAGUGCAGACGGAUACGUUCGCGAGUGGAAGCUGGAAAAGAAAAUCAGAAGAGGCACACGAGCAAACAGCCAGUCCGGAAUAUCGCCUCUCGAGCGGCUCGAGGGGAGACACGAGCGGCGAACCUCGCUAGUGCCACCAGAGCCGAUGUUCUAG